AUCCAUAUUAAUUACUGCUCACUCCACCCACCAAAUUCCGCACACAAUCUAAAGUUCACAAGGACUCUAGAUUAACACUCAUUUUCUCGUUUUCAAAAGAAACGAAAAAGAUUUUAAACUUGUAACAAAGUCUAUUCACCCCCCCCUAUAGACUUUGUAUUUCACCACUUUGGGACCACCAAUUGGUAUCAGAGCGAUCUUCUCACUAUCUACAUUUAGAUUAACGAGAACCGAUCAAAAUGGUGAACAAUAUGGAUCACGGUUUGCCCAAGUUUUCUCUUCUAGGUUAUGAUGAUUGGAAGAUCAUGAUGGAAGCACACCUUUACGCUCUACAUGAUUGCAUGUGGAUGGUGCUUGAGGAUGGACCCUUGAAAAUCCAAAUGAAGAAUCCUGAGAGGAAUCCAGCAAGUCCAGACGUAGUCCAGUACAUUCCAAAGCCCAAGGAAAAAUGGGAUGAUAGAGAUUGCAAAAAGCACAAUCUGGAUAAUGUCGCCAAAGCAGCCAUCUUCAAGACACUUGACCCCAUCACCUUCUCCAAAAUUAAGCACCUCAAGACUGCCAUGGAGAUAUGGCAAGGUCUUGGGAAGCUAUGUGAGGGUUCAGAGGACUUGAGAAAGCAGAAGAUAGAAGUCCUGCUUGAGAAGUUCAAAGGCUUCAAAAUGCUUCCCGGAGAAUCAUUUGAUAUGC